AUGCCUAUCACCGCCGGCGACGCCGCACCUGGUGCCGCCAUGAAGGCUGAGAUCACCGACUACGCCAAGGCCUUAGAGGUUGUGAAGACCUACACCACCGCCGAUGGUCUUGAUGCUGAUACCCUGCUUGACUCUGACAAGCACGGUGCAUUGACCUACAAUGAUUUCCUGAUCCUGCCCGGUUACAUCGGCUUCCCCGCUUCCGAUGUCUCAUUGGAUACCCCUGUUACCAAGCGUAUCUCCCUGAAGACCCCUCUUCUGUCCUCGCCCAUGGACACUGUCACCGAGCACAACAUGGCUAUCCACAUGGCUCUGCUCGGUGGUCUCGGUGUUAUCCACCACAACUGCUCUCCCGAGGACCAGGCGGAGAUGGUCCGUAAGGUUAAGAGAUACGAGAACGGUUUCAUUCUCGACCCCGUUGUCAUCUCUCCCAAGGCCACCGUUGGUGAGGUCAAGGAGCUGAAGGCCAAGUGGGGCUUCGGUGGCUUCCCUGUCACUGAGAACGGGACCCUUAAGUCCAAGCUCGUUGGAAUGGUUACCUCCCGUGACAUCCAGUUCCACACUGAUCUCAACGAGCCCGUGACUGCCGUUAUGGCCACGGAUCUUGUUACUGCCCCUGCCGGCACCACCCUGACCGAGGCCAACCAGGUUCUCCGUCAGUCCAAGAAGGGAAAGCUCCCCAUUGUCGAUGCCAACGGCAACAUCGUCUCUCUGCUUUCCCGCUCUGAUCUGAUGAAGAACCUCCACUACCCCCUUGCCUCCAAGCUCCCCGACUCCAAGCAGCUGAUCUGUGCCGCUGCUAUUGGUACUCGCGAGGAGGACAAGAAGCGCCUCCAGCUUCUUGUUGAGGCUGGUUUGGACAUUGUUAUUCUGGACUCCAGCCAGGGUAACUCUAUGUACCAGAUCGAGAUGAUCAAAUACAUCAAGAAGAACAUGCCCGAGAUUGACGUUAUCGGUGGUAACGUCGUCACUCGUGAGCAGGCUGCUGCUUUGAUUGCCGCCGGUGUCGAUGGCCUGAGAAUUGGCAUGGGCAGCGGUAGUGCCUGUAUCACCCAGGAGGUUAUGGCUGUCGGUCGUCCCCAGGCUGCUUCCGUGCGCAGCGUUGCAUCCUUUGCCGCUCGCUUCGGUGUUCCCUGUAUCGCCGAUGGUGGUAUCCAGAACGUUGGCCACAUCGUCAAGGGUCUGGCCAUGGGUGCUUGCACUAUCAUGAUGGGCGGUCUCCUUGCCGGUACCACCGAGUCUCCCGGUGAGUACUUCGUCAGCAACGAGGGCCAGCUCGUCAAGGCCUACCGUGGCAUGGGCAGUAUCGCCGCCAUGGAGGAUAAGAAGGCCGGUGGUGACGGAAAGGACAGCAAGGCCAGCAACGCUGGUACUGCUCGCUACUUCUCCGAGAAGGACCGCGUCCUUGUUGCCCAGGGUGUUGCUGGCUCCGUCCUUGACCGCGGAUCCGUCACCAAGUUUGUUCCUUACCUCGUUGCCGGUGUCCAGCACUCCCUGCAGGACAUUGGUGUCAAGAGCCUGACUGAUCUGCACGACGGUGUCAACAAGGGCACCGUGCGUUUCGAGAUGAGAAGUGCCAGCGCUAUGACCGAGGGUAACGUCCACGGUCUCCACAGCUACGACAAGAAGCUUUACUCGUAA